AUGGCUGCCUCGAUAGGCCAGGGAUGGUCUAACCCCCUUCCAUCACUUCUCCCCGUGGCCGAGCCUCUGGAGGAAGAUGAGACCGGGUCUGAGACGGGGUUUAUUGCAGAGUUCGGCUUCGGCCCACCCCUGGACAAUCGGAAGGAAGCCGAGUACUUUAUGCACUUCAUACAUGAACUAGCACCAUGGCUCCAGUUUGACGUCUGCGAUCCGGCACGACACUUUGGCACAGAGGUUCCUAAACGCGCUCGCCAUUUCCCCUUUCUGGCCUAUUCGAUACUGGCCUUUUCGUCUCGCCAAAUAAGCUUGAAGAGCGGAAUCCCCGACGAUAGCCAUGAGACGUAUCAUAGCCAUGCGUUGCGUAUCCUCAUCCCCAUACUCGAUGACCCAAUCGGGGCCGUCAAUGAGAACGUGUUGGCGGGAAUCGUUAUCUUGCGCUCAUAUGAAGAGAUGACGGAUAUGGAUGGGAGCACUCAUCUUACAGGUAGCUCAAGGCUACUCAACUCCGAGUUUCGCUUUGCAGCCCAAGGCGGACUUGGAGAAGCAGCCAGCUGGGUUGUCUUGCGCCAGGACAUGUAUGUGUCUCUAACGCGGUCAAGGCCGCUCCGUACCAACAUGGACAGCUACCGGGACUCUCAGUCCUUUGUCGAUACUUGUGACGAAUCCCUGGCCAAUCGAGUAGUUUUCAUCUGUGGCCGGGUAUUGGCAUACGCUUUCGGACCAGAGUCGAGACUCGAUCCCGUUCUGUGGGCUGAGCUAGGUGAAGACCUCAGGAGAUGGUAUGAGGCAACACCGUGGAAAGUCUUGUCUUGGUCCCCCGAUUCGCCAGCUCGAGAGGGUGGCGAGAAGUCUGUGUUCCCUACACUAUGGAUGGCGCGCCACAUACAGGUUCUAGGGUAUCAGCAUUACUACAUUGCUCGAAUGCUGCUCAACAUAUUCGACCCUAAGCUGUGGACGCCGGGAUUUGAUGCGAUUCGUUUACGAGCAGCUUCGGAUGAGUCUGUACGGAAAGACUUGCGGACAUUACUUGGCCUGACUAUCAGCAACCCCAACCUACCCACCGCCUACUUUACAGCACACCACACAUUAUACGCCUGUGGGGUCUACCUCAAAGAUGUGCGUGAGCAUCAAGAGGUCUUUAGAUUUCUGGAAGACAUGUCGAAUACCAUGGGGUGGCCAACACGAGAGGUGGCUGCACAGUUACGCAAGGACUGGGGCCUCGACCGGGGGGUCCCGGAAAAUGCCUCCAUUUCUCCGCAUCAGUUGAGCACUCAAAGGUUUUCGGGGGACCAGGUCUGGGAUCCGGAACCUGGGGUAUGGGGUCAAGGCAGCCAGCCCCAUGGACAAGGAAGAAAAUAG